AUGCUAUUAGAAGAUCAAAGGUUCAUCCACGAGGACCUAGAGAGGCUUGAGCAGGGAAUCAGUGACCGCGUUGCUGAAGAACCUCGCAAUAUUCGAGAGCGGCUUGUUCGUGACCAUCAAGUUGCCGGUUUUCUCAAUCGCAUUCAGGAGCAGUCUCAACGGCUGCUAGACAUCUACCAAGAUGCAAACGGGCUUCGCGCUAAAGAGAUCCAGUCCCUGACCGUCGGUGACCCGAUGGACGAGUUCUAUAAGCACUUGGAAGAGAUAAAGGAUUUCCACCGCCGAUACCCAAAUGAACCCGUGGAAAACCUCGAAAAGGCAUAUCGGCAAGGCUCUGGAGAGAAUGAUGCUGCUCUACAGGAGAUAGAGAACAUGUUCACUGGAGAGGAAUCACUGGGCCAGUUCUUUGAUCUCACUAAACUUCAUGAACUAUAUCUCAACCUGCCGGGAGUGAAACGAUUGACCUAUCUACAGUACUUGGAUUUAUUUGACACAUUUACUCAACCGGAACUGCCUGUAAAACGGGCCAACAAGCUCACAGACCAGUACUUCAACUAUGUCGGCGAACUUGCUGCUUAUCUGGAGGGUUUUAUCAAGCGGUCUAACCCACUAGAGCCUCUUGAUGAACUUUUCGCAAGCUUUGAUUCUGAGUUUGCGGAGCUUUGGGACGCAAAGAAGUUGCCUGGCUGGACCGAGGAAUCACAAUCUAAGAACGGCACCGGCCCAAAGACAGAGGGUACGGGUGAAGGAAUAUGGUGUGCCGAUUGCGAGAAGGAGUUUACAAACGAGAAUGUGUAUAAGAAUCAUUUAAAGGGCAAGAAGCAUAUCCGAGCUGCCGAAGCGAAGAAAGCGAGUGGCGACACUGAGAUGCAGCAACCCCAGGCCGAAAAAUCCAACGAUGCCUUGGUCCGUGGACUGAAAGAGCGUGCUGUUGCAGAGCGUGAACACCGCAUAUCAUCCCUAGCAAACGCUCUCAAGGAAGAACGGCAGGCUACUCGUGUUAAUGUUGAGAGGAAGCAAGGCAUGACGGAGCGAGAACGCCAAAUGGAGCUUGACGCACUUUUCGCUGAUACUGGCGACAAGGGCCCAGGACAGCGCAGAGACUCAGACUCUGAGAGUGACAGCGAUGAAAAGGUCUACAAUCCACUGAAACUGCCGCUAGCCUGGGAUGGGAAGCCUAUCCCCUACUGGCUCUACAAACUUCAUGGACUUGGAGUGGAAUUUUCUUGUGAGAUAUGCGGCAAUUUCGUUUACAUGGGCCGUCGUGCUUUUGAUAAGCACUUUUCGGAAGCUCGACACAUAUACGGCCUAAGAUGUCUUGGUAUUACCCAACAGACAAGUUUGUUCAGAGAAAUCACCAAGAUUGAUGAAGCCUUACGGCUAUGGGAGACCCUUGAAAAGGAACGAAAACAUGAAAAGGAUAUCAAAGAGAAUGUUGUUCAGAUGGAAGAUGCAGAAGGCAAUGUUAUGCCUGAACGUAUCUACCUUGAUUUGCAAAAACAGGGAAUUUUGUGA